AUGAAUUCAAACGACGCUGAAGUUCUCCGAAACAAAUUGAAUAGACAUGCCUCCAAUGCAAAAUCUAAUAAGCGUCGGAUAACGCGAGCUGGGGUUGCUUGCAUCAAUUGCCGGCGGAAAAAGAUUCGUUGCAACGUACAAAUAUCGGAAGGCACAUGCACAAACUGCAGCUUGGAUGAUAUUACUUGCCAGACUCACCUCUAUGGUUCUUUGAUCGUGAAACCUGAUAGCCAGGAAACAAGUGAUUUAUUAUCAUGUCCCCAUCUCAACAGCUCACAUGACAUAACAUGCAACGUGGGGGAAAAGGAGGAGUCUUCACUACAUGGUGUGUCGAUACCGUCGCCUCGCGACGUCGAAAAUGGAGUCCAAUUCCUUAAUGCUCAAUUUGAUUCUUCCAAGCCUAAUGGUCUGAGAAAAUACCUAGUAGGAUGCUUCCUGCAGUUCAUCUAUCCCACGUUUCCUGUCAUAACCUUCUUUCAAAUGGCCGGUAUCGCGGGUGCGAACGAAGGAAACGUUCCAUCUUGUGGUCAAUUCGUUUUAAAUGCUUUUCUAGCGACAUCAAUCAGAUUUGGUGACAGGAAAGUCCUUGGUACUUACGGAAUACAUUCAAAGGAGCGAGCGUUUGAUUUUUUCUACUCGAAUGCAAAGGUUAGGGCUGAUUCCCAUACUUCAGCAUCACAACUAAUCAAUGCACAGUCUCUUUUCCCUCCACAGAUGAACGAAAGAUCUUAUGCGGCAAUACAAGGACUACUUUUAAUGGGUUAUUGCGAGACGAAUUCUUCACAAGACACCUUUUUCUGGUUAGGCAUGGCACAUGCUGUUGCCGUUUCACUCAGGUUAGACAACGAACCAGCCAACAUCCCCCAGCCAGAGAGAGGCCUUCGAAAAAGGCUAUGGUGGUGCCUCUUUAGCCAACUUACGCUGUUGGAAUUCACGACAGGGAGCGCCCCAUAUAUUCAGACGCAACAUGCUACAGUCUGUGUCUUGAAUUAUGAAGAUUUUGAAAGCACAAUUCCCUGUGUGCUGUCAGAAGAUGUGAGAAAAUUUGCCAACCUUCAUAAUGGUCGUGGGCCUCUCGGUAUCGGAAAUCAGUUUUUAAAUUUGUUGGACUUUUUUCAAGCACAGCAAGGGUUUUCAAGCGCCAAGUUUAGCAAAGAUUUGGAUAUUAGGUGGGGAAUCAAGGCACCUCCCCACAGGACUCACGGCGCGUGCAAUCAUAAGCAAUCCGACAAAGACAGUCAUUUAGCGGAGAGCCUCGAGGCAGAAACACAGAGUUGCACAUUUUUACCGCCAGAAGAUGAUCCCGAAAAUGCGGAUCUGCUUUACGGCAUGGAACAAAAGCUGUUUGACUCAAUCUUUGCAUCAGGGGAAAAUAUCUCAAAGAACGAAAGAUUGGAUUUAUAUCAGACUCAAGAUUAUUUUGGCGAUAGCGGGCCAGCGAAUGAGGUACUCUAG